AUGUGGCCCAGCAACAGCUCCAGUUCCUUCCUGCUGACUGGUUUUCCAGGCUUGGAGACAUCUCACCACUGGAUUUCCAUGCCCUUCUUCUUUGUCUACAUCACUGUCCUUUUUGGCAACGGCACCCUCAUCCUUCUCAUCAAAGAAGAUCACAAUCUUCAUGAACCCAUGUACUACUUCCUGGCCAUGCUGGCAGCCACAGAUUUAGGGCUGACCUUGACUACAAUGCCCACAGUGCUGGGAGUCCUCUGGUUGGAUCUCAGGGAGAUUGGAAAUGGAGCUUGCUUUUCCCAGGCCUACUUUAUACACUCACUUUCCUUUGUAGAGUCUGGAGUUUUGCUUGCCAUGGCCUAUGACCGCUUUGUUGCCAUCUGCAACCCUCUUAGAUACACCUCUAUCCUCACCAAUAGUAGAGUGGUAAAGAUUGGCCUGGGAAUUCUGAUGAGGGGAUUUGUAUCUGUUAUUCCUCCAAUUACACCCCUCUAUUUUUUUCCAUAUUGCCACUCCCAUGUCCUUUCUCAUGCAUUCUGCCUUCACCAGGAUGUUAUCAAACUGGCCUGUGCAGAUAUCACCUUCAAUCUUCUGUAUCCAGUUGUACUUGUGGUCUUCAUAUUUGUGCUGGAUUCUCUGACUAUCUUCAUCUCUUACAUGUUGAUAUUCAAGAGUGUUCUGAGCCUUGCUUCCAGACAGGAGAAGUCCAAGGCCCUCAAUACCUGUGUGUCCCAUAUUUGCUGUGUCCUGGUUUUCUAUGUCACAGUGAUUGGAUUGUCUCUGAUUCAUCGGUUAGGGAAGCAGGUUCCACACAUCCUCCACCUCAUUAUGAGCUAUAUCUAUUUUCUGUUCCCUCCAUUAAUGAACCCUAUAAUCUACAGUGUCAAGACCAAAAGGAUCCGGAGCGGCAUUCUCCACCUUUUCACUACCCAUAGACUUGGAGUUUGA